GUCAUCGUCGACGACGAAUCAGCCAUCCCAGAGUCAGUCAUCAUUGCCUGUCAGGAGGCCCAAAAGGGUGGCCUCCUGGCCUCUUCGAACUACGGAAAUCUUCUCGCAUCGAUGUCGGGUUACGAAAAACCCCCUUCUUAUGGCUACGGCUACGGCAUUGCCACACGACCUGAUCAGGCACCCGGCUACCCUGCAUACAACCAAUCAUCAUAUGGUCUCUCAUACUCAAAUUCACACGCGCAGGUCCCAUCUGGCCUCCCUGAUGCUGCCCAGAUUCCCUUGCUCACCGAAGAGUCGUACCAAUCUCAUGACUCGUCCUAUGCUCAACAGAAUGCACCCGCGUAUCCUUCGUACAUGGCUGCUGGAUCCCGUACCUUGCCUGAAAUCGUCUCUUUGACGCCACAGCGAGGCCCUGCAGGAGGUAGAACCAUCAUCUACAUGAACGCCACCGAGGACCUGGAAAGCAACGGAGUCUCUUUCAUUGUGUCCUUCGGUACCAAGCGCUGCGAAGGUCGUCUUACCACUCUGCCCGGCUCAGGUCAGAUUUCAAACUUUGCCAUUCUCGUUGACGUCCCCGCAUUCGAGGCUACUGCAUCAUCAAGUACAGCAGUCACCGUCUUCCUAGAGAUGAUAGACAGUAAUAAGCAAGCCCUGAAUGUGCCUGUCGAGGUUGGCCAAUACACCUACACGGAUGCGACACCCUACGCCAUUUCGAGUCCAUCGCAAGGCGGCAUGCGCAAGAGAAAGAUGUCAGAAGAUGCUCAGUCGCCAAACAAGCGUCCUUCUUCGCAAAACCUCCGUGACUCCCCCCUUCAUAACCCUGCCGACGUCAAGUACUCGCCGCCUUCGUCCAACAUGGUCGACCCAUAUUCUUCCCGUCCCCAGACAGCUUCCAGCGCCAUCUCCUACGCUCGCAGUUUCAACGCUCCUGCACCUGCUCAGUACUCGCAGACACUGCAGCAAGCUCCAACAUACAGAAUCGCUCCCACUUCGAUCGGCAUGCCUCAACCGCAGCCUUUCAACUCGUAUCCCUCGACAUAUAUGACCAGUGAUCGAGCAGCACCCACUGCGCAAGUCACCAAUGUCUCGUCCAGCGGCGCGAACCCACCUCUCAUUCGUACCACUGCUUUGCAGCCGUCGCCUACUGGCAUGUCGCCGAGUCAGCCAUUCAACCCAUAUGCCAUGUACCCUUCCAACAUCAAAGCUGUUCUCAAGCUGGAGGGCGACCUGAAUGGCAUGGCCAACGACUGGACUCCAGACGAGGUUUCGGCAAGACGUCGCAUUGUACGCUUCCGCCGCAGUCAGAAUGGUAGUAUCAUUUCUGCAUCCUUCCAGCCCGUCACACCCGAGGAACAUGCACAAGCGCCUGGCUGCAUCUACGUCAACUGCAUUUGGUGGGAAGAGGAAAACGGCUGCUACAUCACAAGUGUCGACACCAUUCAGCUCUUGGAGUCGCUGGUCGCUGUUCGCUUCACCGUCGAAGAGAAGAACCGCAUUCGUCGCAACCUCGAAGGUUUCAGACCUCAGACAGUGUCCAAGACCAAGACCAAGUGCGAGGAGUUCUUCAAGAUCAUCAUGGGAUUCCCGAGUCCCAAGCCUCGCAACAUCGAGAAGGACGUCAAGGUCUUCCCUUGGAGAAUUCUUGCAGGCGCCCUCAAGAAGAUCAUUGGCAAAUAUGUAAGU